AUGAUGACUGUACUAGUUUCCAUUCCCACCAAGAGUGUAAGAGGGUUCCCUUUUAUAUACACACUCCAGCACUUACUGUUUGUAAACUUUUUGAUGGCAGCCAUUCUGACCGGCGUGAAAUGGAACAUCAUUGUGGUUUUGAUUUGCAUUUCUUUGAUAAUGAAUGAUGUUGAGAAUCUUUUCAUAUGUUUGUUAGCCAUCUGUAUGUCUUCUUUGAAAAAAUGUCUAUUUAGUUCUUUGGCCCACUUUUUGAUUGGAUUGUUUAUUUUUGAUUUUGAAUUGAUCAAAAGGGGUAAUAUUCUGGGUGAGUCUGGCCUAAUCAGGUGA